CACUUUUUCUCUACAACUAUCUGCUUCCUUUGGCGAAGAUGGUCACAGUGGUAUCCUUAGAACAUUCAUGAUGGCACCGCGAAUUCACAUUCAAGUCAAUCAACAAUCAGGGAGAAAUUGUACGUCGUCGGAUUAUGCAGAGGUACUCUCAGCAAACAGCAGCCAUGUCAUCACGGACGGUCACCUUGACGGCAAUGUCAUUGUAUCGAUGCCAGACAAUGAGACUGCCAGUUCAUCGCAACAGUUACUCGUCGAAGUGACCUUUGAAGGUCAUCUAUCAACAGCAGUCAAUCUGAAUGUCUCAACGCAGCUGCUGCGACUCGCAAAGAAUAUCACACUCCUCCGAGCAUCCGAUGUGCGCGAACUGGCACAGCAAAACACUGCCAACACUUCACGGACCCUCCUACACCCCUUCCACUUCAACAUCCCCCGAUCCGCCAACUCCGUCUCGUCCGACGAAUAUGACACUACUCUCCUACCCCCAUCUCUCUCCUUCAAACCCGUGCCAGUCUACAACUCCAACGAUCUUAUACUGCGCGGGCAAGGCCGCAUAGAAUACUUUCUCAAAGCCCGACUCUUCGACCACGAAGAAUGCAUCGCCGAGACUGAAGCGCCAGUAACGUUUGCACCGGCUCGAGAAUGUGCCCCUCCCAUUUGUAUUCCCGACUUUCCUGGCGAAUAUACCCUCGCAUCAUCACGAAGUGUUCGCGAUAGAUUACAUCGCCGCGAUCUAUACUAUCUAUCUGUGCAGACGAAGGAACCUGCCCCGCUGUACCUAAAUAAUUCGGGAAUGGUGUCUACGGUAGUUCCACUAAAAUGGCACUAUCGCUGUCCAGAUCCAUCGCAACAACAUGCAGAUGCCCCCGGGAUAUAUGCCAGCAUUCAGACGUCUCUUCGCGCGACGACAUUUGUUUCUGUGUCUCCGCAAGAUCGACUCCCAUUAGAGGGGGACGCCAACAAGUUGCUGGAUUUCAAGCUUGUUGCGAAUACGACGGGGACGGGUUGUACACAGGUGCGGAAGUUGCGCAUCGCAUCGUGGGAGGACUGCGGUCUUAACAAGCAGGACCAACCGACAACAUACCAAGCAACUACCCCCCUGAUCCUCAACUUCGACACGCCCGAUUACCUCCCUCCUACCUUUACUCAUCCGUACAUCUCCCGACGGUACAGCCUCUCCAUCUUCAUUUCGGCCGAUGUCGAUAACUCGAGGAGUGCGAAUUUGCGACUGCGGGUUCCCGUGCAGGCGUCGUAUGACAAGGGCGAGUGUCCGACAGAGUGUAUGGAUGAGCCAUUCCCAUUAUAUCCUGAAAUACUUCCGCCCUAUAUCAAGUGAGGGUCAGGCGUACAUUUUCGACUUAAUUUAUAAUCACACCGAUAAUGAGUUUAAUAUCAUACUCGGCCGAUGGAAUUGGG